AUCUGGAUCAUCUCUUACUCCGACAGACACAGACCUGUUAGUUGUCUCUCUACAUUUACAACAGCUGCAGUAAAACUGACACAUCUGUCCUCAGAGGUACAAAGAUGAACUGCUGUGGUCUACUAACUGCACAGAAGGAACCAGUUCCUCUGAAGAGCGUGGAGGUGGAGCUGGAGGUCAGGGACCACGUGGCUACAGUGGUCUCCACUCUGAACUAUGAGAACAAGGAGGACAAACCACUAGAGGCUGUGGUUGUCUUCCCUCUGCCUGGAGAUGCUGCUGUCUGUCAUUUCACUGCUACGAUUGGACAGACACAGAUUGUAGCUGAGGUGAAGGAGAAACAGGAGGCUCGUGAGGAGUAUGAUGAUGCUUUGAGCUCCGGUCAGCAGGCCUUCCUAUUGGAGGAGAGUGAGCAGAGUCCAGAUAUAUUCUCUCUGAGUGUGGGCAGUCUGCCUCCAGGAGAGAGCGCCUCCAUCAGGCUGGAGUAUGUCACUGAGCUGGCUGUGCAGGCUGAUGACGGGCUGAGGUUUUGUCUGCCUGCGGUGCUUAACCCUCGCUACCAACCUCAGGGAAGUGGAGGUAGUGAAGGUGCCAGUGUCCAGGUGACCUCUGUUCCAGCCUCUCUGGUGCCCUACAGUCUGUCUUUCUCUGCCCGAGUGUCCUCUCCUCGUCCAGUCUCUAAAGUAGAGUCCAACUGUUCCCUGGACCCUCUCCAGUACCUCAACCCAGAGCAAACCCAGGCCACGGUCAAGUUGGCUGCAGGACACAAGUUUGACAGAGAUGUUGAACUGCUGAUCUAUUACAAAGAUGCCCACCAGCCCAUUGCUGUGGUGGAGGCAGGACAGGCCUCUGCCAAGCCUGGCACUCUGAUGGGUGAUCCAGUAGUGAUGCUGAACCUGUACCCUGAGUUCCCCCAGGCUGUGAUGUCUUCAGUCGCCUCAUGUGGAGAGUUUGUGUUCUUAUUGGAUCGAUCUGGAAGUAUGGAUUGUCCUAUGGAUCGCAGCAAGAGGCAAGAAACUCGCAUUGGCAGUGCCAGGGAUACUCUGCUGCUGCUGUUGAAGAGCUUACCAAUGGGGUGCUAUUUCAACAUAUACAGCUUUGGGUACAGCUAUCAACACAUCUUCCCUAAGAGUGUGGAGUACAGCCAGAAGACCAUGGAGGAGGCUCUGAAGACAGUUGAAGAGAUGGGUGCUGAUCUGGGUGGAACAGAGAUCCUGAAUCCUCUUAAACACAUUUACAGCCAGCCCUGCAUUCCCAAUCAGCCUAGACAACUGUUUGUCUUUACUGACGGAGAGGUGGGGAACACCAAAGAAGUUAUCAGUCUGGUGAAGAAGAACUCAGGUUCCCACAGGUGUUUCUCUUUUGGGAUUGGGGAAGGGGCCAGCUCUGCUCUCAUCAACGGGUUGGCCAAGGAAGGAGGAGGUCACGCUCAGUUCAUCACAGGGACUGACAGGAUGCAACCCAAAGUGAUGCAGUCGCUGCGAUUUGCUCUGCAACCAGCUGUGGUGGACAUCUCAGUCACGUGGGAUUUGCCAAAGGGAGUCUCUGUUACUGUCCUCUCUCCACCAAUCACAGCACUUUUCCAGGGUCAAAGGUCACUGAUUUAUGCCAAACUCACUGGAGAGAGUUCAAAAGCAGCAGAGGGCUGUGUGACGGUGAAAUACAGCGUGGCAGGUCAUCCCUCUCAGAACCAGCUCCACUUCAGUCUCAAACCUGCAGAGGACACUGGAUUGACAGUGCACAGGCUGGCUGCUCGGACUCUGAUUCGCUCCCUGGAGAUGGAGGAGAGAGAGCGAAGAGGAGAGCAAGAUAAAGGAGUGAAGAAGAAGGUAGUGGAGGUCAGCGUCCAAUCAGGAGUGAGCAGCGUCUUCACUGCCUUCAUUGCUGUCAACAAAGGGGACAGCGAGGCGGUUCAAGGACCUCUGGUGCGCAGAAAUGUUCCAACACCCAUGUGGAAGACUGUUCAUCGUUCAUUUCCCUGUAAAGCAUAUCUGAAGGGAACUGUGGAGGUGGGUGUGGUUUACACUGAGGUGAAGGUGAGAGGGCGGUCCGGGAGGCUUGUGAGAGCAGCGCCAGGCACUGCCCCCAAACAAACACCCAGAGACCCUCUGCUGCAGUUGGUCUCCCUCCAGAAGGCGUCUGGCUGCUGGGUGCUAGAUCCAGCUCUGGCUGCUGCACUGGGAAAGACCAGCGAGGAGGUGGAGAACCUGAAACUUGCAUUGGUGAACCAGGAAGUGUGGGCCACCAUUCUGGCUCUGAUCUGGCUUCAUGGUUUCAAAGUGGAUGCUCAGGAUGAGUGGCAGCUUCUGGCUAUGAAGGCUGUGUCAUGGCUCCUUACUCAGAAUGCAUCAUGUGUGACGGAGUGUGUGGAAGCUGGAAACGCUCUGUUGGGUUGCAACGUGCAGAAAGACGUCCUGGGGCUCUGAGGUUGUCAUUAAAGUGGCAACUCCCUCAGGAUUGAGACACAGAAGCAGAUUUACUUCAUCCUACAACUGUUACAUUUCAUAUAACUCUUUUCACCUUUAACUUCAUAAUAUUAUGUGUCUUAGCAUAUUUACAGUGUUUCAUCUAUCCAGGAUCAGCCAUGUAACAGGACAAAUAACUGUUUUAAUGUUUCUUUGUGUAUGAAAUUGUUUUACUUAAAACAAACUGAGUUGGAUCUUGAACAUUCAGGCACACAUAAUAUACCAACAUAUUUCUCCAUGCAGUUUGAGACCUAGUAAAAGUAGUGUGUGCACCUAAGAUGAAUCUUAUUUGAAUUAAUUUACAGUUGAGACACAGAAGCAGAUUUACUUCAUCCUACAACCUUUUUUUUACUUUAUUUUAUCAACAUUGUACUUUUGCACUAUUCACAUUUAAUUAUUCAGAUGUUCGUUUGGGUCCUUGGAAAUUAAUUGAUUUACUAAACUUAACUUUGCAAAGCUUGCUAUAGCUUUGCCAAUUUAUUUUAAAAAAGUCAUUUUUAAUUUGCAAGGUACUACAUUCAUCCAGGGUCAGACAUGUGACAAAUAUUCUUGCCUUAAACUUUAAUGUCAGGUUGUAGAUUAAUAAAAAAUAAAACCUAGAAGAAUAAGAAGAGAAGUGUGAAGUGUGCAUAGGCAGAUAGUUUAUAAUUUGACAUAAUUUAGUGUACAGUAUUACGAUAAAAUAACGAUAAGGAUUUACAAAGUAAAAUAAGGUAGUUUGUGCAGUUCACAGUCACCUUAACAUACUGAACAUAAUAUGAGUGUAUCAUAGCAAUUUGUUAUAAAUAUUUCAUCUUCAGUGUUCAUCUUGAACUAGUUCAACCAGUGACUGCCACAUGAAAGAUACAUUAUCUUCCCUGUUAUUUGGAGAGCCUCAGGAUCGGGUGCACAAACUGAACAUGCAAAAUACAUACAAACAAGGAUACCUACAAAUUGUGGUAGUCUGUGAAUCAUUGUCAUUGUGUCUUAUGUAACGUAUCUGUGAAAAAUGUCAAUCUACUAUAUGAUAUAAAGAUGUAUUAUUCCUCAUACUGUACCUCAUAUGCAGAUGCCAGCAGUCCACUGUACUUCAUGUAACUAAGACCAUCAUCAGACCUUCACUAGGUAUUUCACUGCCACCUAGUGGUCAGUAUUUUUAUGACUUCUUAUACAGAAUAAUUGUUCCCUGUUCUUCUUCUGUGUCAAAGAUUUAAAGGUUCAUAGUGUCUGUAAUAAACCAAAAUUACCAGCAAUCUUUACAAAAUAGUGAACCCUCAGAUGAACCUGGAGCUCAGCUUUAGUCUGCAUGCACUUAGAGAGAAGUGAAAUUCUAUAACGGUCACUUUGUCAUGGCACCCCUGACCACAUUUUUUAUUUUUUUAAUUCUUAAUUCCUUAAUUCUUUACUUACUUGUAAGUCUUCUGAUGCAUGUAUCAUCUGCAGUUGGCACUGGUUGUGGGGAAAGUUGGCCUGCGGAUGGGCUGUGCUUGACCUCACUGGUAGACAGAAACAUCAAGAUAAUUUAAUCCACUGGUCCACUACAAUCCACUAUGUUUUACACAAAUACACAGUCAUUCAUAUACAUUUACUCUACUUUUAGUGCUAAAAUGAUUUUAAUGUAAUUCUUUAAAUAGAUAAAUGUUUGUUUAAUAGGCAAUGAAUGGAG